AUGUGUUCUCCAGCGAGGUCAAUGACGAUCCCAACGACGCUAUCCUCUCGUACCACCUCCAGCACACGACCGCAAUCGACAAAGGAGGUUGAGGAGGAGACACAAGACAUACAGGAGCUAGAUGCGGAAGACUCUGGUGGAGACUCCGACGAAGAACAGGGAGCUCAGAAUCAGGAUGCUGCUGAGACUGGUAGCCAAGUCGGACAUGGAAACGACAGUCAAAAUCAAGAGGCGGAGGACGAUUUGAAGGAGGAAGGUGAGAAGGAUGGAGAGGAUGAUGAUGCAGAUGCAGAUGCAGAUGCUGAAGACAAUGAGAUGAAAGGACCUGUCAGACCCAUCAUUGCCCCCAGCAAUAACCUUUCACUUGGGGGUUUUGGAUGGAUUCACAAGCUUGGCAAGGCACAAAUAUUUGCCAACCAGCCUUAA